AUGCAGCAUCACAGCCUGGACGUCAACUGCUUCCAUUAUACCAGCGUCAUCAGUGCAUGUGAGAAGCGAGGGAAGUGGAAGAUCGCAUUGACGCUUCUAGGCAGCAUGAAGGACGAGGAAGUUUUCCCAAGCGAGGUGACGUACAACGCCGCCAUAAGUGCUUGCGCCAAAGGGGGCGAGUGGUCCGUAGCACUCGAGCUUUUGAAGGAAAUGCGUCUGGAUGAUGUCAUGCCGGAUUGCGUCUCGUACAAUGCCGCUUCCAGCGCAUGUGCAUCAGCCGGCCUUUGGAAUUCGUCUUUGCAUCUGUUGCAAGAGAUGUGCACAACCACGGUGCCACCAAGUGUAAUUACGUUCAGUACUCUUCUCAGUGCAUGUGAGAAAGGCAAGCAGUGGCAGAUGGCUAUCAGCAUACUGUUUCAUCCGCCAGUGCCGGCAUUGAAGCCAGAUAAGAUCUGCUUCACAGCAGUGAUCAGUGCUUGUGAGAAGGCCAGAGAAUGGCAGAAAGCACUUCUAUGCUUUCGAGACAUGGACAUUCGAGACCUGCAGAAAGAUGAAAUUUGUUUUCACAGCGUCAUCAGCUCUUGCAUACGUGGUCGGUCCUGGAGCCAAGCAUUGAGCCUUGCUUUAGACAUGGAGGCGCUGCCUCUGGCGGUGAAUGGGAUCUUGUGGGGUGGUGUGGCCACGGCCAUGCAGCAAAGCGGUCAGCCCAUCGCCCAACUAACUAGCCGGCUACGCAGGAAGUGGGCACGGCAACAGGGCUCACCUGGCGCGCUCUUACAAGCUGUGCCAAAUAUCGAAGAGUCCCAAGAGCACGAGGUACACGUGCUCGAUCAGGCUGAGGGGCUGCUGGCUGCUUUCAAGCCCACGGGGCUGAGCACUGAGGCGGCCCUACAAAGGCUCUUGCAUCUUCUCACCCAAGAGGGCUACACUGGGCAGCUCUCGCGCGCUUCACGACUGGACGGUGCCACCUCAGGGGUCAUCCCAGUGGCUUUGGGCGACUCUGACUCACCUGCCUCGAAUUGGUUGAACUACCAGUUUGCUGCGCGCAUGGUAUCGAAGGAGUAUGUUUGCCUUUGCUCGGGUCUGCCAUUGGGCGCCAGAGGCACGCGAGGUGUGGUUACCGCCGGCCUCGUGACUGAGUCCCGAGGAGCACAGUUGAAAGUUGUGUGGGCGAGCCAUGGCAAGGAGGCUCGCACAGAGUACGAAGUGAUGGACUCCUUUAGCUUGCCCGAAGACAUCGCUGCUGUCCAUCCUGGCGCUGUUCUCUCGCUUCUGCGCGUCAAGCCCCUCACAGGUCGGACGCACCAGAUCAGGACGCACUUGGCCGGCAUCGGCAGACCCAUUCUUGGUGAUCGCACCUAUGCCGCUUGGCGAAGCUCCGGCCUGCAGCCAGGAUCUGUUCGCCUUCAGGCCCGUAGGCCGUUGGAUGUGGAAGCAGUCCAACAGAACUACCCGAUCCAGGUUAGCAAGCUUUGCGAGGGGCCCCGACCGAAGCUCCUGUCCGUUGGCAUGCAGUGGGCGUGUGACCGCCCAGAUUGA